AUACGCAUGCAUCAUUGCUUCUUCCAGCCUCGCUUGCUCGCUCCGUUUGCCUUUCUGGAGAGGCUCUCCCUCCCUCCCUCCUCCAGCUUCGGCUCUUCCUUACUCCUUACCCCCAGCUGCUUAACUACAGCUCCCACUGGAACUUACACAAUCAAAACCAGCUCUCCUCUGGAGCAGCCUCCUGAAGCGCAUCACCUGGAGCAGAGCCUCUAGCUCACCACACCCGCGGUGGAGCAGCUAGGUAGUUGGGGGCGGGGACCGUACCCUGCUCCCGCCCAAGCAGCAGCCAGAGCAUCUCCCAGGAGAUUUGCUGUAUCCCGCCAUCCGGGCCCCUGGAGUCCAGUUGCGGUGAUGCUUAUGUUUCGGAGCAAUGAUGGAAAGAGAAAAGCUACUGCCAGUGGCAACUGAAAGUGGGGAGAGUUGCUGCAGUAGCUGGCGCAGCAGAAUGUGCGAGUGAACUGAGCCCCGCUAGCCUCUCCAUCCCGCUCUGUCUUCAUUCACCGUCUCCAGGAGGGGAACCAGGAAACAGAUGCAGUAACCAGGCGGGUGCCACCCUGGAUCUAUAACUGUGAAGUCCGCACUGUGGAAGAUGGUAAACAAAGACAUGAAUGGAUUCCCAGUCAAGAAAUGCUCAGCCUUCCAAUUUUUUAAGAAGCGGGUACGAAGAUGGAUCAAGAGCCCAAUGGUCAGUGUGGACAAGCAUCAGAGCCCCAGUCUGAAGUACACUGGCCCCACAGGGGUGCACCUUCCUCCUAGGGAACCAGACUUUGAGUCAACCUUGUGUCAGUCAUGCCUAGGUGACCAUGCUUUCCAAAGAGGGAUGCUCCCUGCAGACAAGGAAUCCUGUUCAUGGGAAAUCCAACCUGACUGUGAAGUGAAGGAGUCCUGUAAUCAUGCCAACAUCCUAACCAAGCCAGAUCCAAGAACCUUCUGGACUAAUGAUGAUUCAGCUUUUAUGAAACAGAGAAGGAUGGGCCUGAAUGACUUUAUUCAGAAGAUCGCCAAUAACUCCUAUGCAUGCAAACACCCUGAAGUUCAGUCCAUUUUGAAAAUCUCCCAGCCUCAGGAGCCCGAGCUUAUGAAUGCCAACCCUUCUCCUCCGCCAAGUCCUUCUCAACAAAUCAACCUUGGUCCAUCAUCUAAUCCCCAUGCUAAACCAUCUGACUUUCACUUCCUCAAAGUGAUCGGGAAGGGCAGUUUUGGAAAGGUUCUUCUAGCUAGACACAAGGCAGAGGAAGUGUUCUAUGCAGUCAAAGUUUUACAGAAGAAAGCCAUCCUGAAGAAGAAGGAGGAGAAGCAUAUUAUGUCAGAGCGGAAUGUUCUCUUGAAAAACGUGAAACACCCUUUCCUGGUGGGCCUGCACUUUUCUUUCCAGACUGCUGACAAACUGUACUUUGUCCUAGACUACAUUAACGGUGGAGAGUUGUUCUACCAUCUCCAGAGGGAGCGCUGCUUCCUAGAACCUCGGGCUCGCUUCUACGCAGCUGAAAUAGCCAGUGCCUUGGGUUAUCUGCACUCUCUGAACAUUGUUUAUAGAGACUUAAAACCAGAGAAUAUUUUGCUAGACUCACAGGGACACAUUGUCCUUACUGACUUUGGGCUCUGCAAGGAGAACAUUGAACACAAUGGCACAACAUCCACCUUCUGUGGCACGCCUGAGUAUCUCGCACCCGAGGUUCUUCAUAAGCAGCCGUAUGACAGGACAGUGGACUGGUGGUGCCUCGGAGCCGUCUUGUAUGAGAUGCUGUAUGGCCUGCCUCCUUUUUAUAGUCGGAACACAGCUGAGAUGUACGACAACAUAUUGAACAAGCCCCUCCAGUUGAAACCAAAUAUUACAAACUCUGCAAGACACCUCCUGGAGGGCCUGCUGCAGAAGGACCGCACAAAGAGGCUGGGUGCCAAGGAUGACUUUAUGGAGAUCAAGAACCAUGUCUUCUUCUCUCUAAUUAACUGGGAUGAUCUCAUCAAUAAGAAGAUUACUCCCCCUUUUAACCCAAAUGUGAGUGGACCCAGUGACCUGCGGCACUUUGAUCCAGAGUUUACUGAAGAGCCAGUCCCCAACUCCAUUGGCAGGUCCCCUGACAGCAUUCUCGUCACACCCAGCGUCAAGGAAGCUGCAGAGGCCUUCCUUGGCUUCUCCUAUGCGCCUCCCAUGGACUCUUUCCUCUGAGCAGUUCUUGGCAUGGUUUUGAAGGAUUUUCUGUGUGUACUUUAAUGUUUUAGUUAGCCUUUAGUGGAGCUGCCAGCUGACAGGACACCUGGAAGCUUGGCGAUCCUGUUGCGCACUGCUUGCUGGAAGCUUUUCAAAGAGCACAUCCUCCUCUCGGUGAGCUCGUGAGGUUUUUCAUUUUUAUUCUUCCAACGUGGUGCUAGCUCUGAAAUGAGCAUCAGAGUGCCGCCUUAGACAGACGCCAUGGUCUUGUUAGAAGGAAGAUAGAUGCAGGUGUAAGAGGGAUCUUCCACAGGUCUGUCUUGGCUGUGAUCACGAAUAUUCUGCAAUGUGCCUUUUCUGAUAAGAUCGUGUUAGCUCCAAAGCUUUUCCUAUCAGUGUUUCAGUUCUUCAUUUUCCUUUGUGCAUUUCCUGUGUGAACAGUGGUGUGAGUGCGGUAUGCCUGAUCACGGAUGGUUUUGUUAUGAGCAUCAAUGUGACACUUGCAGGACACUACAAUGUGGGACAUUGUUUGUUUCUUCCAUAUUUGGAAGAUAAAUUUAUGUGUAGACUGUUUUUUUUUGUAAGAUAUAGUUAAUUAAAAUUUAUUGAAAUGGUCUUGCAAUGACUUGCAUCCAGAUGCUUAAAAGGAAGCAUUGCUGCUACAAAUAUUUCUAUUUUUAGAAAGGGUUUUUAUGGACCAGUGCCCUAGCUGUCGGUCAGAGCCGUUGGUGUUUUCAUUGUUUAAAAUGUCACCUGUAAAAUGGGCAUUAUUUAUGGGUUUUUUUUUUCAUUCCUGAUAUUGUAUGUAUCCUGUAAAGAAAGUCUGUACAUUGGGUUAUAACACUAGUAUAUUUAAACUUACAGGCUUAUUUGUAAACUACCAUUUUAAUGUACUGUAAUUAACAUGGUUAUAAUAUGUACAAUUCCUCCUUACCACACAACUUUUUUUGUGUGUGAUAAACCAAUUUUGGUUUGCAAUAAAACCUUGAAAAAAUUUGCAUAAA